AUGGAGAAGGUCGAUUGCACCCAGAGCGAUGCACAGAGACUCGAGCCGAUUUCCGAGACAGAGAGCAUCACCCGUGAAGAGCGGUCGUGGAGCCCUACUGUGGCAGAGUACACUAGGUGCUUGGUGCAUGGAAGCAUCACCAGGCUUGCUGAGCUGAAAGACCGGUGGAAUAAAGAACUGGGGAUUUUCACCGAGUUGGAGAAGGACGACCCGGUCCAAUCCUGCUUAGAGGAACGUUUUGAGCAAGGCCCAGUGUCGCUCCAUACUUUCAUCGAAAACGAUGCAAAGGGAGUGGCACUGAUCCUAUUGGACUUUCAAGCCGGGUCCUCGCAUUCGUGCGAGAUCGAGUGCAUGGUGUACAACUGCAUGGAACAGCAGGUUAGCAUUUACCGGAACCGGCAAUGGGGUGGCCGUCGCAAAAAAGACCCUGCUGACCUUGAUGCGCUGUGCGACCAUCACGAGAUAGCUCGGCUCAAGGCUAUGGGUGUGAUUUACCAGCCUGAGUCAGGCAAUGAGAACUGCAAGUCAUUGACGGUGAAGUUCGAGAUCUCGGUUAGUGGCCCGGGAAUUCAGGUUCAGAGCUUGUAUAUGUCUCGCAAGGGAUAUGCCCUGUUGGCCUGUGACAUAUCAGACGCUUACUUGACUUGCGAGCAGCCAUGCCCGACCGUGGUGACGCUCCACGGCACCACGUACCGUUUGGCAUUUAUGCUACCGGGGCAACGGGAUGGUUCAGCGGUCUGGUUUUCUACUUUCACCAAGUAUUUGGUUUCGGAGGGCGGAGUUUCGCUGUGGCCCGGAUGCGAGGCGCUGUUUGCUAUGCGUAACCACUCCGGCGGAGGGCUCCUUCACGUAGACGACUUGUUGGGGUCAGGCGAACAUGCUGAGCUGCAGAGACUUGCGCAGAUCAUAGAGUCAAAGUACAAGUGCACUCUUGAGUGGCUUGUUCGCGAAGGCGACAGCCUGCACUUCUUGAAGCGCAAACACACUUUGGCCCGCCAGGAUCUACUUUGCAUCCAGAAGGCUGACAAGCACAUCAUGUCAGACCCUCUUCCAGAGGAUCAGGUGUCGGUCUACAGGUCGUGCGUCGGGAUUCUUAUGUACAUCUCUGCGGACACUGCCGAUAUGCAACAUUCCAUUCGCAUGCUCUCCCAGCACCUUGCCUGCCCAACCGAGGCUUGCAUGAAGGCCCUCAAACAUCUGGUUCGAUAUGCCAAAUCAACCAGCGGGUUUUGCCUUGGGCUGGAGCGCACCCAUGCAGGACAUGGGACCAGAGUCCAAUGUGAUACCGGCGCCGACGUGCUGGAGCUGUACACAGACUCAGGCUGGGCUUCAGAUCACACUGCGCGCCGGAGCGUGAGCGCUGGGGCCUUGUACUUGAAUGGGAAUGCGAUUUACACGGCGAGCCGCACGCAACGAGUCGUCGUAGCUAUGUCAAGCUGCGAGUCGGAGCUCAAUGCCCUUGUGUCUUUUGCAGUCGACUUGAUGUAUGUGAAAGAGGCCCUGCGGUUCAUUGUUGGAGUCACUCCCGAAAGCCAUGCCUUCAGCGACUCUUCCUCAGCUCGUGCUGUUGUGAACAAGCAAGGACUCUCCAAGCUCAAACACGUCGAGAUCAGAUUGCUGUGGGUUCAACAGGCCUUGAAGGAUGGUGCAUUCAAGCUCCACCCGGUCGGGACCCUUGACAACUCUUCGGACUUGAUGACCAAGGUGCUUAAGCGUGAGCGAAUUCUGUAUUUGAUGUACCUCUUGAACAUCAGGGAUGGUGAUGCUCAGUUCAAUCGUGUCGGAGAGGCCCAGGCCGUUGCUCGUGACAACAACCUGUCCUUGAAGCUCGCGGUUAAGGCAGUGAAGGCAUUCAGGGGACCUCCGCAACGGGUGCACGCGCUCCUGCAAGCGCUGACCUUCAUGUCCUUGAUCGAUGCCAAUCAGGCACGCAUGCUUGACUCCGAGAGCCGUCCGCAUGUGCUUGAAAGCGCCUUGAGCGGUUGCGGAUUCAUCCUUGUGUGCAUCGGAUGCCUCGCGGUGCUAUGCAUGAGCCUGCAGGGUUGCCAAGCUGAGAUUGCAGAUGAGCUCCCCGACCCAUGGGUUGUAUGGUUCACCCUAAUCAUAGGAUUCCUCAUAGGUCUAGGGUUUUGGUUUGUGUUGCUAAGUGCCGAGCCGCAGCAACAGAUGCCUUGUGAACCUGACGACGCCACAACACCUGCUUGUGACGACGACGCGCCGACCUUGAGCGAUGACAUUCCUUCAGAUGGUGAGCUUGCGCAAACACUCGAUGUGACCAGAGCAUCCUCUGAUGAGCCGCUGUCAGAACCAACGCAGAGCGAUGAUGGGGCAGGCGAUGGCAACAGCCACCCUGCUUCACCCACUGCCCAUGAUCCGAUCGACGAGCCCGAGAACCAUGCCUUGGCAGCAGUGCCGAUUGCAGUUGUUGACCCUCCUGCAUUCCCUGCUGCUGUCGAUCAGCUGCUUGUGUAUCAUGCGCCGAUCUCUGGGCGCAGAUGGCAUGUGUUCCGAGGGUGUUGGGGUUUAAGUAGAGCUGCUGUCGUUGCUGAAGAAGAGCUUGGUGUGCUUUUGCGACGCGAUCCCAGAAUCACGAUGUGCUUGAUCUGCAUGAACCGAGUUCGCAAUGACUUGCGAUUCCCGAUGCUUCGGAUCACCGAUGGAGCCGACGAUCCACGCCGUGAACACCCCGAACCCGAGCCUUUCCAGUAG